AUGUCCCAUCACUUCUCCUCUUUCUUCAAAUCCGCCGCUGGCGUAGCCGAAAAUGUCUGGGAAAGCGCGGCGAAUAAUCUCUCUAAUAGUCCGAAACGCCAUCGCGAGCGUGGUUUGACUGUUCGUCAAAGUUUUCAACAAGUUCAGCAAGUUCAGCAAGUUCAGCAAGUUCAGCAAGUUCAGCAAGUUCAGCAAGUUCAGCAGGUUCAACCAAGACGCUUAUUCCCUGCUGUAAGAUCAGCGCCUGCUCCUACUGCUACUGCAGAUCAAACUCAGUCUAUUGGUCUUGGCUUGGGUCCUGGUGCGGAAAUAGGAUUGGAAUCGGCUGAUCAUGAACACAUUGGUAUCCCAAGUGGAGUUGAAAAUCAAAAUCCAAACACAGGUUCAGCUGCGACGGUUGAUGCAAAUCACACCACUCACACUACCACAACCGACAAAUUGACUUCAAACACAAUCAUCCCACCAUCCUCAACCAUAGCCCUUACGAAAACUUCCAGCAAAAAUACCCAGAGAAGUGCAAAUAGUAAGGAAACAAGCACAAGCAAGAGUGGAAAUAGUUAUAAUCCGCUAGUCACUACAAGCUCGACUUACACGAAUCCGAGCGAGAAUUUGCCACCGACGCCGAAUUUGAGGACGGUGGAGGUUAGGAGGUUUGGUGAUGGUGUGGGCGGUGGCACUGCUGCGAUUGUCAAUAGUGAUGGAGAUGAUAGUGCAGAAGGAAGUGCUGAAGGAAGCACAAGUCAGAGUGAGGAAAUUAGUCCAGUCGAUGGAUUGGGUAUGUUUGAUGCUUUUCCCAGUUCUGGAAUUGGUUCUGGUGGCAGUGGUGGUAAUGGUAGCGUAGCUCGUACAGGAGUAAAUGCUACGAUUACGCAUGAGCGAAGCGAAAGUCCCGGAAGUAUCAACAUGCAGACUCCCAUCGUCACAGCCUCAGGAUCUCGCGUGCACAAUUAUCGAGGUGUGGAUCAUGGUGCUGUUGCGAUUCAUGGAUCGGGUUCGGGUUCGGGUGUCAAUACUCCAAGAUUGAAUGCUGCUGGACUUGGUGCUUCUGGUGUGAAUAUGCAAGGAAGAGAACGCGCUUUUACUAUUCCGAGAAAACCGGUCCCAAUGACGAUUGUGGUUGGUAAUACAGGUUUGGAAGUCGUACCUUACGGACGCCAUAUCGAGGAUAUUGGCACUGGUGCAUGUAUUGUCAAUCGACAAGAAUGCAUUGAUUGGAAAGAUCAAUUUGAGGGACGAGGACGAGGACGAGAUGGUAAUAAGGAAGCCGGUGAAAGUGAAGAUGAAAGUCAAGAUGAAGAGGAAGUUGGUGAGAGUGAAGAAGAGAGAAAGGAAAGACUGGAGAAAGAGAGAAAAGAGAGAGAGAAGCAAGAUCUCCUCCACGAAAACCCCCUGCUCUCCCAUCCCGUCGAACCAACAACUAUCGCCACCGGCACUCCACCUACUGUCUCUCCAACAUACAUUGCCUCCACCUCUCUUAGCUCCAAGCGUCGGGGGUUUCGCCGUUCAUGGACCGCCCCAAUCAACGGCUUCAAUUUCGCUAGCCUUGGCGGCAUCGGCGUCAUGGGUUUCGGAAAUAACAACCAAGAUCCAGCUAUACAUGGAGGACUUGGCGAUGCGGGAAUGGGUAUGGGUAUGGGCAUCAAUCAUAGAGGUACAGCGAGAGAUCGUUACAGUGGGAACAGUAGUGAGGGAAUGGGAAUGGGAAUAGGAUCUAGACGGGGAAGUUUUUUGAGGAGAGCAAGUGUGAGUUUUAAGGGGAUGGGAUUGGGAAUGCAGGGAUUUUUGAGGAGCGCGAGUGGUGGUGGAGGUGGUAGUGGUAGUGGUGCAUUUGCUGCUGGAACUGGAGCGGGUACUGCUGCGGCUGAGAGAAUGGGUAUGAGUAUGGAUCAUACACGUGAAGGCGGAGGAGGUACAGAAAACGAGAGACCGGUCACCAUGCAAUCGGAGUAUAGAGGUGUAGGUGGAUAUGCGGGGGAUGACGCUAUGGCUCUUGCGCGAGAGAGAGUUGCGAAGGCUGAAUCUCAACGACGAAGAAGUCACCGUCAAUCAAUGGUUCUGCCAAAAUUUGAAUGGGAGGAAGAAUUUACCAGUGUGGAUGAUGAGGAUGAUGCUUAA